AUGUCAUUAGAAUCAAGCAAAAAAUGGGAGCCCAGAGUGAUCCAAAACAAUGGAGUUCCAGCUGAAGGAAAGCAGAAUGGAUCUGACUCUGAGAAGAAACAUAAAUAUUACAGUGAAGAAUCCGAGGUGGACCUGUGGGACCCUGGUGGAGACUGUGAGCUGUACAAGCACACAUGCCAGGAGCUAUGGAGGCUGAUGGCUGAGAUCCAGGAUCUGAAGAGCAGGGGCAGCAAGGAUGCGGCAGUUGAAAUUGAAAGACAGAAGAUCCAGAGCUGUGUGCAUUUCAUGACUCUGAAGAAGCUUAACCGAUUAGCCCAUAUCAGGUUGGAGAAAGGAAGAGCUCAGACCCAAAAGGCUAAGCAGAAGGUAGAUGCCUAUCACCUGCAGCUACAGAACCUGAUAUAUGAGAUGAUGCACCUGCAGAAGGAGAUGACCAAAUGUCUGGGGUUUAAGUCUAAACAUGAAGAAAUUGAUCUGGUCAGUUUAGAGGAGUUCUACAAGGAGGCUCCACCAGAUAUCAGCAAGGCUGAAAUCACCAUGGGAGAUCCUCACCAGCAAAUGUUGGCAUGUCUGGAAUGGGAGCUGGAGCAGCAGAAAAGGCUGGCAGAGAAGUACCGAGAGUGUCUGUCCAACAAGGAGAAGAUCCUUAAGGAAACUGAGAUGAAGAAGAAGUAUCUGAGCAGCCUCCAGCCUUGCCUCAACAGCAUUAGGCAGGCUUCCCUCCCGGUGCAGGAGUACCGGUUCCUGCCAUUUGACCAGGCUCACCAGCAGUCUGAGACAGCCAGACACCUGCCGUCUCCCCUCUAUGUCCUCUUUGUCCAGGCCACUGCGUAUGGAGAGGCCUGCGAUAAGAUGUUGUCUGUGGCAAUUGAAGGCAGUGUGGCUGAAGCCAAGGCCCUGCUCAAGCCUAAGGACUUCCAGGAUGACGAGAGUAACCCGGAUGCUGAGGAGGAACACACCUCAAAAUGCCAGCAAUCCAUGCUGAAGUUUCAGUUAAAUGACAAGAGCAAGGAGAUGCUGAGGAGGCACCUGCUGUCUAUCAAGCUCGACCUCAAGUGCAAAGAUGACAGUGUGCUUCACCUGACUUUCUACUACCUCAUAAACCUCAACAUCAUGACAGUAAAAGCCGAAGUGACAACUGCCACAGAGCUGAUCACCCCCAUCAGUGCAGGUGACUUACUGUCUGCUGACUCAGUCCUGAGCUGUUUGUAUCCUGAGGAUCAUGGGGGAAAAAACCCGAAUCCAGCCAAUCAGCACUGGCUUGAUCAAGUUGGCAUCCCAAUUUUGAGAGACUAUGUACUUGACCUAGGUCACCCCUGCUUGUGGGUACAGAAGCUGGGUGGCCUCCAUUUCCCCAAAGAGCAGUCCCAGCACACAGAGAUUGUUGACUCCUCGCUGAGCUCCAGCCACAUGGAGAAAACCAUGAAACUUCUGAAGACCAGGGUGUGGUCUCGCCUGGCCCUCCACAAAUAGUUUGCAUCUCUUGAACAUGGCAUUGUACUUGUUACCUGCAGUUACCAGCACCUCUUCCCUGCCAAGGUUGUCUCUCACUUAGUGAAGUGGAUGACAAUUGCCCGCGAGGAUUACGUGGAGCUGCAUUUCACCAAAGAUGUUGUGGAGGUGGGACUGGCUGGGGACACCAGUCUCUACUACAUGGCACUCACUGAAAGGGGCACGGCAAAACUCCAAGCUGCUGUGGUGCUGAACCCUGGGUACUCCUCCAUCCCACCCAUUUUCCCUCUGAACUGGAAAGGGAAGAAAACCAACAGCAGCAAUGAGAAUAUUCAGGUCAUGGAGCGCGAGGUCAACGUGUACUACAAGGACCUAUGCGGCCUUCCGCCCGGCCACCAGCUCUUGACCAACCAGCUGCAGCGACUGUGUGUGCUGCUAGAUGUCUACCUGGAGACUGAGAGCCACGAUGACAGCAUGGAGGAGCCCAGAGAAUUUCCCCAGGACAAGAUGUGUCUGUGGCUUUUCAGGGGUCCCAGCAGGAUAAAGCCAUUCAAAUACAGCCACCCUCAGGGGCUCUUCAGCCAUGGCUGA